AUGGCAGCACACGACUCAGAGUCAUAUACUGGCUGUUCCUCCGAUAUGCCUCUUGAUCAUAGGGAUAGAGCAGAAUAUAUAUCUGAUUUGAACUUUACAGAGGAUUCAAUGCAUUCUCCACAGUUUUCGAAUCAUCUUUCACAAUCAAGUCUGCCGCUCCGUCGAUCUGCUUCAUGGCAUCGAUUAUCGCCUUCCCAAUCUGAAACAAGUCAUAUUUUUUCAGACAAUAAUAGAAUCAACUCAAGCAGGGCGUGCUUGAUUGAGGGUGUAAACACGGAUGAUAUAUAUAAUUUUGCUAUGAAAGAUGUAAUUCCUCCAAUUCCAAUUAUUUCGUCAAAUGCACAUUCUCUUUCGGCUAUCGAGUCGUAUGGUCAUCAUAGUGAUAACAUGCGACAUGGAGAAGUACCAGUAUCUCAUAUUUCGUCAACAGAGUUGCCCGUUUCCUCAGCAUCAGUACCAAGCUCUAAAAAAUGUAAAUAUUCAAGCAUCUUAUAUACAGACGAUCAGCCACAGGAGUCAUACACACACUUAGGAAGUGAUGAUGAUAAUACUUCUAUUACAUCAUGUGAAGACUCGCAUAUUGACUCAACAGAUGCAAAAUCUGAAAAAGUAGAAGAAGAUGUUUGUUUUCCUAUGACAGAGGAAUGCAGGGUAGUAAAAGGAAUUGAUUUUGAUGAGCUUAAUCGAUUUGUAAGUAUGCAAUGCUUGAAAAAAACAGACACUUUUUCCAAAUCACGAAAAUAUAGUACUGGAUCAAUUGUAAGAGGUGGUUUUUCAUCUAGAAAUUAUUUAUCACUGAAUUUGGGGAAAAUCGACGAUAAUGUCUUUAGUGAUAAUUAUGAUAAUAUUUCAUAUAAGAAUGAUCCCACAUCUAGUACAUCAGGGUUAGAUACUCAACAAAAAAUUAAUUUCAAAAAUCAACAGGAUAGCAUAGAAUUGCCUGAUAGAUUUAGUUUUUUCUCUUCAAAUACAGAAAAAACUAUUCAUGUUAGUGAAAUUGGUGAUAUUCUUUUGGAAGGAGAGACUUUUCAGGACAUUUUUGGGCCUGAUCGAGGAACAUGGUGGUUAGAUUGCUUAAGUCCAACUGACGCAGAAAUGAGAAUGCUGCAAAAAGUGUUUUCGAUUCAUCCUUUAACAGCAGAGGAUAUUCGUGUUCAAGAAACUCGUGAAAAAGUUGAAUUAUUUCGUUCUUACUAUUUCGUUUGUUUUAGAUCAUUUGAACAGGAUGUGGAAAGUGAAGAUUAUCUUGAACCUGUUAAUAUUUAUAUUGUUGUUUUCAGAGAGGGUCUUCUAACCUUUCAUUUUUCCCCAAUUGUACAUCCAGCAAAUGUCCGGCGAAGAAUUCGACAACUUCGUGAUUAUGUAGAAAUUUCUUCUGAUUGGAUUUGUUAUGCACUUAUUGAUGACAUUACCGAUAGAUUUGGUCCAUGCAUUCAUUCUAUUGAGCAUGAAACAGAUGCAAUUGAAGAUGCUGUUUUAAUUACUAGGGAUCAUGAAUCAAGAGAAAUGCUUCGGGCUAUUGGUAACUGUCGACGAAAGGUUUUAAGUUUAUUUCGUCUUCUUUAUGGGAAAGCAGAUGUGAUAAAAAUGUUUGCUAAAAGAUGUACAGAAAAUUAUAAUGUUGCUCCUAAAAGUGAAAUUGGGUUAUAUCUUGGAGAUAUUCAAGACCACUUAAUUACCAUGACGCAGAAUUUAAUUCAAUUCGAAAAAAUCUUAUCACGAUCACAUUCAAAUUAUUUAGCACAAUUGUCAAUCAGCUACGUUCAGUCUAAUGACCGAAGCAGUGCUAUGUUCUCCAAAAUAACUGUUAUUGGGACAAUCUUUUUGCCUGCAAAUAUCAUUACAGGCCUUUUUGGUAUGAAUGUUGCUGUUCCUGGAGAACAUAAAACAGGCUGGUUCUGGGGGAUUUUCUGGUGUAUUCUUGGAUACAUUAUACUUGUUUUACUCAUUGCUCGGCAUGUAAAACUUAUUUAA